AUGUCCCAAGAGCGGACUCAAGGACAGCCGCGGCAGGGAAUGCUCAACUUCAUCACCUUUGGCGAACCGCAGCAGUCGACAUCGACGCGUGCCAUCAGGUCGCAUGCCGCCAAGGCAGGAUGGAAGUCGAGGAAGAACUCGAGGAGCCUCGCCGCAGCGGCCGCCGCCUCAAGUCCCCUGCCUGGUCCCACCACGGAACAUGUUCCGGCGGCUCAACUUGCACCACCACGCCACAGGAACCUACCUGCUGUGCCAUCUUGGCCAGAUGAUGAUACUGCAUCCAGAGUCGUACCGUCUUUGGCUUCAUCUAACUCGCGUUCUCCUCUCUCAACCAAUUCUUCCCGCUCAACCCCAUCGUCGACUCAUUCACCGCAUGAUAUUGCUAUCGAUGCCAUGACAGACGACAAAAUCAUUAUUGACGAUGAACAAGACAUCGAAAAUGUCAACUCGCAUGCAUUGCAAAUCGCUUCAACAGACUCGACAAGCUCACAGCCUUCAUCCAUGUUGUUUCCCCAUCAGCUCGGCUCUACUCAUGACCCCUUCUCUCAAUUUCCCGUCAGUUGGGAGGAGUCAUUUGGUCCUUUGGUUCAAUNNUUUGUAAAUCGCAACUGUCUUGGUGGAGUGUGGAUGGGCCUGAUAUCUUCCGACUGGGGCCAGCAAGGCAACAUCGAAUUUGUCGAUUUUCCUCUGCAUAUCUCUGUCUCGCAGCGAGAACCUGCAAUGUUCUAUGCUGUAUUGUCCAACACCAGCGUCAUGGCGCCGGCUUCCAACUCGAUAUCCAUGCAACAACAACCUUUCCUGUCUCAGUGGCUACGACACAAAGCCGUCGAAUCGCUCAGAACAGCUAUCAUGGAUCCGAAGCGCGCUUACACGGAUGCCGUCAUCUUGACCGUUACCUAUGUCUUCUUCAGCGAAGCACUACGGUCAGAACGCCAUAUCGCGCUUGAUGUACACGGCCCCGCAUUGCAGAGAAUGGUGGAAGCAAGAGGAGGUCUCAGUGUCAUCGCUUCGAAUGGCAAGGAUGGCCUCAUCCUCUCGCGCUAUCUUUCUUGGUGUGACCGCAUUGUCGCAUCGACACUAAACACCCAGCCACUCUUCGGAAACUACGUCGAGGAUCCCUCAGUCGGGAGAACACAGUGGAAUGGCAUGUGGUCCAAGGUCCAGACCCUGAUGUGA